AGCCGCGAGGAGGAGGCGAGAGCUCGGUCUCCUACACAAUGCUCCUCGGACCAUAAACACUGCGCUCACCUGCUGCUGCAACUGCCCCUGCUGCUGCCAGAGGGACCGGCCACCUACAUUCUGAGUUUAUUUUUCUUGCAAACAAACGAACAAAAAAACAAAAACUAUCCAUUAAAGUGGAAGCGAAGGAGAGAGAGAGAGAGAGAGAGAGAGAGCGCAGAGACAGUGAGUGACGGGAGGAGGCAUCCAGCGGAACCGGCAAUAGGACACCACCAUCAUUAUCAUCAACACCAUCCUUCUCUUGCUCCUCAGCUGAGACUAAAGAGGAUCACCCUGUCCUCUGUCUCUUUUUACAAGAAGAACAUGUCCUCGGCCGGGAAAGAAAACAGUGCCACCCAGCAUGCCAAUUAUGUGGGACCGUACCGCUUGGAAAAGACGCUGGGGAAAGGACAGACAGGCCUGGUGAAGCUGGGAAUACACUGUGUAACGUGUCAGAAAGUCGCUGUAAAGAUCGUCAACCGAGAGAAGCUUAGUGAAUCUGUCUUAAUGAAGGUGGAACGAGAAAUCGCUAUUCUCAAGCUAAUAGAACACCCACACGUCUUAAAGUUGCACGAUGUCUACGAAAACAAGAAAUAUUUGUAUUUGGUUCUAGAGCAUGUGUCUGGAGGAGAACUGUUUGACUACUUGGUGAAGAAGGGGAGAUUAACACCCAAAGAGGCACGCAAGUUCUUCAGACAGAUCAUCUCUGCUCUGGAUUUCUGCCACAGUCACUCCAUAUGCCACCGGGACCUGAAACCUGAGAACCUGCUGCUAGACGAGAAGAACAACAUCAGGAUAGCAGACUUUGGCAUGGCUUCCUUGCAGGUGGGAGACAGCCUCCUGGAAACUAGCUGUGGGUCACCUCACUACGCCUGUCCUGAAGUCAUCCGGGGGGAGAAAUAUGAUGGAAGGAAAGCAGAUGUAUGGAGCUGUGGGGUCAUCCUGUUUGCUCUGCUGGUGGGAGCUCUGCCAUUUGAUGACGACAAUUUACGAAACUUGUUAGAAAAAGUGAAGCUGGGAGUGUUUCACAUGCCGCACUUCAUUCCUCCAGACUGCCAGAACCUUCUGAGAGGAAUGAUCGAGGUUGACGCUAGCAAACGGCUUACGUUAGAACAGAUCCAGAAGCACACGUGGUACAUCGGGGGAAAGAACGAGCCAGAGCCCGAGCAGCCUGCGCCUAGGAAGGUGGCGAUCCGCAGCCUGCCCUCAGCCGACGACAUCGACCCAGACGUACUGGAGAGCAUGCACUCGCUCGGCUGCUUCCGAGACAAAAACAAGCUGAUGAAGGACCUGCUGUCAGACGAUGACAACCAGGAGAAGAUGAUCUAUUUCCUGUUGCUGGACCGGAAGGAAAGGUAUCCAAGCCAGGAAGACCAGAACCUACCUCCACGCAAUGAUAUAGACCCCCCACGGAAGCGAGUGGACUCCCCUAUGUUAAACCGGCAUGGGAAGAGGAGACCAGAGCGCAAGUCCAUGGAGGUUCUGAGUGUCACAGACGGAGGAUCCCCGGUGCCUGCACGAAGAGCCAUCGACAUGACACAGCAUGGACAGAGUAAAACAAUGUUCAGUAAAAGCUUGGAUAUCUCUGACGCCCCACUCAAGUGCAGCAAAGAGGAAAGGUCACGCUCUAUCAGUGGAGCAUCCUCAGGUCUCUCCACCAGUCCUCUUAGCAGUCCAAGGCCUCUUCGGAAGUUCUGUGUACCUCCUCAGGCAGUUGAAUUUUCCUUUCAAACCAGUCCUCCUGACUCACCUGACCAGCCCCAUAAAAACCAGGCUCACACAGCAAAAUUAAAUUCCCUUUCCCCACACUCAGUGUGUGGGCCACUCCUGCUGUGCCCAAAAACUCAAACACUACCUGCUAAGCGCAAAGUCUCAGAUAAGCCUUUACAUGCCACAAGGUCCGACCCAUUCCCAGAUUGUGAUAACCAAUCUGUUUCAACUGCUCACUCAGAGCCAUCUACUCCAUGCCAGCCUCAACCAUCACAUACCCCCAGCAGUCCCAUGCUAGGCCGGGCACCCCACACUAACCCCCUUAAACUUUCAGUGCCCUCGUCUCCAAUCCAACCCUUAGCCCCUAUCCGGCUACAUCACUUCCAUCCCAUACCUGGUUCUGACCUUAGUACCAAAUCUAUUCCCAUCAUCCAGGUGACCCCUCACCCCUCCCCCAGGGGCAGCCCUCUGCCCACUCCCAAAGGAACACCUGUCCACACGCCGAAGGAAAGCCCUGCAGGAACACCGACGCCCACACCACCUCCCAGCCCCUCCAUUGGGGGCAUGCCCUGGAGGACACGUCUCAACUCCAUCAGGAACAGCUUCCUGGGCUCUCCACGCUUCCAUCGCAGGAAACUACAAGUUCCCACCCAGGAUGAGAUGUCCACCCUCACACCAGAGUCUUCCCCAGAACUUGCCAAAAAGUCAUGGUUUGGUAACUUUAUCAACCUUGAGAAGGAGGAGCAGAUCUUCGUGGUGAUCAAGGACAAGCCUCUGAGCUCCAUUAAGGCGGACAUAGUGCAAGCCUUUCUGUCCAUCCCCAGUCUCAGUCACAGUGUAAUCUCCCAGACGAGUUUUCGGGCAGAGUACAAGUCUACAGCAGGUCCCACUGUCUUCCAGAAGCCUGUGAAGUUCCAGGUGGACAUCACAUACACAGAGAGCAGCACAGCCACGAAAGAAAAUGGCAUCUACUCUGUCACUUUUACCCUGCUCUCAGGUCCAAGUCGGCGUUUCAAGCGGGUGGUGGAGACGAUCCAGACGCAGCUGUUAAGCACACAUGACCAGCCAGGAGUCCAGCAGCUGGCUGGCAGCCCAUUGAGUAACUUCUUUGACGUAAUUAAACAACUUUUUUCAGACGAGAAGAACAACCAGGUGCUUCAUCCACCUGGCACGCCCAACAGACACCCACGGCACGAUCCCGAGCCUAGUCACUCGAAUUGCCUGGCAGGAAAUGCCAGGGACAAUGCCAGGAUGGUGGCUUCUGUUGGGACACAGGAGCAGCCCUAGAGACCUGUAGAAAUAAUACAGUCCUACUCACUGACAUACAAACGGUCAGCUGUGAUGCAAAUAAUCUUCUCCAAUAGACUUUUGAAUGGUUGACUGUAUAAAAUGAGCACAUGUAGACACACUCUUCCUCCAUACCAUUUCCUAGACCUGUCUCCAUUGUCAUCAUUUGUGACAGACUUUCAUCUUUUUCUUUUUCUUUCUUUUUUAAGUUUCUUUUGUGUCCACUUUUCCUCACCUGUGUGAUGACUUGUUUUUACUACCAGGAAUUAUCCAGAAAAGCUAUUAACACCCCGCUCCCCUGCUCCACCCACGUUCUAUGACGGAGGGCAUCGUUCAUAACGAUGAAAAACCAGACGCAUCAUCCUUCAUCCUCACCUUCUUUUACCUCUCUCCAAUGACUUUGUGAUCCUUGAGGGAAAACAUACUGACACACCAACACCAACAUCCAGCCCAAUGUCCACCUUCUCCUCAUGUGACCUUACACACUCCGACGUACAAGGAACUUUAUACGUCUUCAGCUUGCUGCACCCCCCACACACACACACACACACACACAAUUACAGACAUGCACAACUCUGGAAUGGACUCACAAAGAACAGUGUGAGAAAUAGAAAGGAAGAAGAUGUAUAGUUUGUCCCAUCGGGAUAAAACUCAUCACAGAUUGUAUUGUCAUUUUCAGUGUUGAUUUUAUUUCCAUUGAGUUGGUUUUGAUCUAAAAGCUCUGCUGCAAAAAGGACUUAUAAGCUUAUUUUAUGUUGGUGGGAAAGGGGGAUUAUUGGGGUCAUGCAAAGAGUAAUGGGCUGCUGGUUCAUGAACUUUUCCAAAUAAAUCAUUCCCAUUGUACAGACCAACAAUCUUCUUCUGUAUAACAAAAUGCCUAGAUGUUAUUACUACUGUUUAUUUACGUUGUAGAUUCUGACUGAAUUUUGUGCUGCCACACAGUAUUUAUAUAUACAUAUAUACAUAUUUUAUCUUGUUUUAUCAUUGCCUAAUUUAUGAAACAUUCGUUUCGAGUAGCUGCUGCACUGAAUCUAGAGUUCUGUUAUCAUUCAGCAUAUGAUUUAUGAUCUCAUUUCACGACUACCAGCAGUAGAAUUAAGGACAAAAGUGUUGAAUACAUUGUGAAUAUUUUUGUAUUUUUUCUGUAUUUAUUCAUCUGAAUGAUCCAUUGCGUAUGUGUAACACUAACUUAUGAAAACAGGGGGAGUCAAAAUAAUUGAAUGUUAUUUAUUUACAUCCUUGAAUGUUUGUACGUCCUGAUGCAACGCAGAUUUGUUUGUUUGACAAAAAAAAAAGAUUUUUCUCAUGUCUUGAUUUAAGAGAUUUACAUGUAAAUUAAUUAUAUAUUUCUUUUAUUUUUGUUUUGUUUUUCUAGCUUUGAAUGAUGAUACAAAUGUAGUAUAUGUUUAAAAAAAAAAAAGGAUAAUUUACCAGUUAAGAAUGUAGGCUAGCCUCUUUGGGGAGGGAAUGAGCAUCUUGAUAUUUGUCAGUUUCAUUGUGUGUGUGCAAUGGAUUAAGACAAAAAAAAAAAAAAAACCUCGCUCCUCUUGAGUCAGUUCUCUUGUAAAUAGACGGCUGUCACUUUCUCAUCUGAAGGAGGUGAUUGGUACCUGCUCUUUCUUCUUCGCUUUUAACUUGUAUUGCUGUGUGCAUGCCAGACAUCGGCUUUCCUUUGCAUGGCGCUAGUGUAAUUGUUAAAAACCCCUUUUCCUACCCCUUACUGCUUUCCUCUGUGUUACUUGAGAUAAAAAAGCAUUCCCGCCCUUCUUUUUCGCUGUUAAUCUAGCCGCUGUUUUGUGUCCUUUCUCUCUUUCAUGAGCCUUUAGUGCACUGAGUUUUGAAACGCUUCCUCUGGUCUGUAUCAUUUACUUCUGAGGAAAAAGAUAUAGCAUCAGUUUCAAAAAUCCUAGUUUACAGACAUGGGAAGAGUUUUUUGACAAAAACUAAAAUGAAGCAAUACCCUGUUGUUAAUCAACCUAUUUUAUACAGUAGACUUUAACUGAUCAUGUGACUUCAGACUAUAAACACAGAGCAGGAAUGAAAAUGAAGCUGUAAUAUAACUGUGAGCAACUUUAGAACAAGAGGGAAAAAACCUAAUGAAACAAUAAACUUAUUCACUUAUUUAGGAACA